CCCAGCAGCAGCGCUUCAGUCCUACAGGAGCUCAGCCUCCCGUUUAGGCUCACCACACACUCUUCCACACACACAGUCAGAGACAGCGGGACAGGACUACUGACUGAACACACACCUCUAUCUCAUGGUGAGCUAAGCGCGCUGGUUUAAGGACUCUCUCAGCGCUAUGGGGGGCAGUUUGGGGUGCCACCGGUCGAUCCCUCGCGACCCGAGUGAACUGGGGCGCAAGCUGAGCGCCGCGUGCAACUUCAGCGAUGUUCUGGUGAAGCAGCAGCUCCAACUCCAGCUACAACAACAGCACCAGCAGGAGCUCCAGCAGCAGCAGCUGAACCCCUACCAGUGUCUGGACAUCAACUCCUGCACCGAGGAGGAGCUCAUGACCCUGCCCGGGGUCACGCGGGCUCUCGCGCGCAACAUCGUGCAGCACCGCGCGAGCAUCGGCGGCUUCAGGAGGGUGGAGGACCUGGCGCUCGUGAGCGGCGUCGGGGCGGCUCGGCUGGAGCUCGUGAAGCCGGAAAUCUGCGUCCGAGGCUCCCCGGCUUCAUCAUCCCCGGCUCAGUCCUCCUCCUCCUCCCCCUCCUUACGCAGCAGCUCCGCCGCCCGGCGGUGUACCGGCGUGAACGCGCACCUCAGCAUCACCAACACCGGCAGCGCGAGCCCCACUGACAGCCUGCCCCCCGGGGGUCCGGAGCAGAUGAUGUCAUCGCGCCCCGAGGUGACGGUGGAGGAGCGCGCGAGCCACGGCAAGAAGCCGCUGAUCCGCGUGGCCACGUGGGACCUGCAGCGCUGCUCCAGCGACAAGGCCAACAACCCCGGGGUCAGGGAGGUGGUGUGCAUGACCCUGCUGGAGAACCACAUCAAGUUAUUAGCAGUUCAGGACCUGGCUGACCGUGAAGCUCUAAAUAAGUUCUGCACAGAGCUGAAUCAGCCGUCUCUCUUUAAUGUGCGCAAGUGGAAAAGCCCUCGAGGAGUGUGGAAAUGCUCAGUUUCUGAGAAACCCACUGCAGAGUCUAGCGAGGGUUCAGAAUAUUCCGGGUUCCUCUGGGACUCGUCGGUCGGUAUCGAGCUGAAGGACACUGUGGUGAUUGACAACGCUGCUACUAAUGGCAAUGGAAACCAUGGCCAGACUAAACCCUACCUUGCUCAUUUUUACAUCGGAUCAUCUGAGCUCACCUUGGUGAACGUUCAUCUGAAAACUCCAGCGCAGAAGAAAGAGCAGAAUGGGCGGAAACACGGCACUAACCGAACAAAAAACCACAGACUGAAUGCCACUGUACACGACAGCCUUAAAGGGGUGAAGGACGUGUUGGUGUUGGGCGGUUUCGGGAUGCCCCCGGACAGUGCGGAGUUGGACGUUCUGAAGAAGGAGAAACUCCUUGCUCUCCUGCCCCCAUCUGUCUACACCAACAUCAGCACCAAAUCACCACAAGGCUCCUCUGCACUGGACAACAUCUGGGCCAGCCGGACAAUGAAGAAGAUCUACACAGGUGAAUGCUCUGUUGUGAGGGAGGGCCUGACCAAUCCCUGGAUCCCUGAUAACUGGUCAUGGGGUGGAGUGGCCUCAGAGCACUGUCCGGUCAUGGCGGAGUUUUACAUGGACGUAGUUAUGAAGGAACCGCUCCAAAACGGCAGCAGCAGCGUAGCCGUGCUGGAGAGGGAUGACAUCAUGCCAAAACACGAGCGGUGACCUUUAAAACGUAGGGACAUGGUCGUCGUGGUUUGACAAAGGGGUGACCUGCUGCAGUGCCACAGUGACAUCACUUCAGGACUGUUCAAUGUUUGAACAAAAGAGACUGAUGCUUUAACAGCUGUUGUAUAGUAGAAAUGGUGUAGCACUAAAUUCUUUUUAAAUGUAGAGAAAUUCUAUUAAAUCAGAUAUUUAAAUAUAAGGAGGGAUGUAUGUGUGAAUGGAGUGUGAAAUUGCACAUGUGCCAAAAAAACAUUUUUAAUGAAGUGAAAUAAAGCAAUACUGAGAUAUUUA